AUGGAUGAGCAAAAUAUAUCGGGUGCGCUGUUAAAUAAUAAUCGACAAUGUUUAGUUCGUUCAGGUGAUCAACCAGAAUUAAUAACAGUUGCUGUGACCCCACAAGAUUAUUUUGAUGAUGCUGACGAAACAACUUUACAAAGAAACAAUAACGUGCUGAUGCAACAACAAAGAGCAGUUGUUGGUAGUUUUGUCAUACUUACCAUAAUAGUGGUAACCGUUGGUGUUCUAAUAGUGUGCUUGACUUCACCAAACCACCAAAAUAAACCAUGCUCAUUAGUCUUUACACCAGUAGUUGAAAAUUCAAUUGGAUAUUACUCGUAUCCACUUGCAGUAUCUGUUGGUGAUUUUAACAAUGAUACAUGGCUGGAUAUUGUUGUAGUAAACCAUGGCAUGGACAAUGUCGGUAUAUUCCUCAAUUAUGAAAAUGGCACCUUUGCUAAUCAGAAGACCUAUUCAACUGGCUUCCGUUCACAUCCUGUUUCGGUUGCAGUUGGCCACGUCAAUAAUGACUAUCGACUUGAUAUUAUUGUUGGAAAUUUCGACACUAAUAGUAUAAGUAUACUUUUUGGAUAUGGUGAUGGAACGUUUGCAAACCAAUCUGCAUUUCCAGUUGGUGCUUCUCGUCCGAAAUCGAUUGCUGUUGGCGAUUUUAAUAACGAUGGUCAUCUAGAUAUUGCUGUCGCCAAUUAUGGCACUAACAAUGUAGGUAUACUAUUAGGAUAUGGUGAUGGUUCGUUCGAAUUUCCAGUUACCUACUCCAUAGGUGGCUCUAUUCCAUAUUCAAUUGCUGUUGGUGACUUCAAUAAUGAUCAUCAAUUAGAUAUUGCAGUCACCAACUAUGAUACUCAUGGAAUCAGCAUACUUCUCGGAUAUAUAAAUGGAACUUUUGCUUCAGUCAUGACUUUUUCAACUGGUUUAGGUUCUUAUCCGUAUGGAAUUGUUAUUGGUGAUUUUAACAAUGAUAAUCAAAUGGAUAUUGUUGUUGCUAAUUCAGGUACUGAUAAUGUUGGCAUAUUUCUUGGAUAUGGAAAUGGGAGCUUUCAAAAGCAAGAAACAUAUUUCGUUAGUACCAGCUCGAGACCAUCUUAUGUAGCUAUAGGGGACUUCAACAAUGACCAUCAACUAGAUAUUGCCGUCUCUAAUACGGGUAUUUACAAUAUAAGCAUAUAUAUUGGAUAUGGAAAUGGGUCUUUUGCAACAAAGAUAACACAUUCAAUUAACUCCAAGUCAAAUCCACUUGGAAUCGCUAUUGGUGACUUCGAUAAGGAUAAUCAAUCGGAUAUUGUUGUAGCGAAUGCCGAAACAAAUAGUCUACUUUUACUUACUGACUAUGCGACAAAACCAUCCAAAACUUCAAAUACAUAUUCUACCGGAGUAGGUGCUGACUCACUUUAUAUUGUUACCGCUGACUUUAACAAUGAUAAUUAUUUGGAUCUUGCUGUUGCCAAUGGCGGAAAUAAUAAUGUCGGUAUAUUUCUUGGAAAUGGUAAUGGAAGUUUUGAAAGUCAAAUAGUAUAUCCAACUGGAGAUGACUCAAAACCAAUUAUACUUGCGAUUGCCGACAUCAACAAUGAUAACCAGUUAGAUAUUGUUGUCGCUAAUUUUCACAGUGAUAGUUUUGGUUUGCUACUUGGCUAUGGCAAUGGAACGUUUACAAACAUUCGCUUGUAUUUUCUCGGUGUAGCUGCAAGUCCAAUUUUCGUUGCUGUUGGUGAUUUUAAUAAAGACAAUCAAUUAGAUAUUGUUUUAGCUAACUAUGGUCCAAACACUAUAAGCAUAGUUCUUGGAUAUGCAAAUGACAGUUUUGGAGCUGUAACGACUUUCACAGCUAGAGAUGUUUCUCGUCCGUAUUGUAUCGCCGUGGGAGAUGUUAACAAUGACAGUAAUCUAGAUCUUGCUAUUGCGAAUGCUGGCACAGAUAGUAUAAGUAUUUUUCUUGGAUAUGGUAACGGAACUUUUGUAGCUUCAGUAACUUAUUCAACCGAAUAUACUUCAUUCCCGCAGUAUGUUUGGAUGGGUGAUCUUAACGGUGAUAAUCUACUCGACAUCGUCGUCACCAAUACCUAUGCAAGCAAUUUAGGAGUUUUUCUCGGUUAUGGAAAUGGUUCUUUCGCAAAACAAAUAACUUAUGAAACUGGUCCAGCAUCGGGUCCAUGUGCUCUCGCUCUUGGUGAUUUGAAUAGUGAUGGACAUCUCGAUAUUGCCGUUGCCAAUUUUUACGUGAACAGUGUGGGUGUAUUUCUUGGAUAUGGAAAUGGGACCUUUGCAAGUCAAAUAUCAUUUCCUACUGGCGAUAGUUCUCGUCCGACUUCAGUUACUAUUGCUGAUGUCAACAAUGAUCAUCGUCUAGAUAUCGUUUCACUGAACGGUGGCACAAAUAAUAUUGCUAUACUACUUGGACAUUCGAAUACAAAAAAUACAUAUCAAACAAUAUACACAACUCGGUCUAGCUUCCAAAAUGGCUCGAUCACUACUGGGAAUUUUCAAGAUAACUAUUUGGCAAAUUCUUCUGUUACCAGUGAGAAAACGAACGACAUCUUUACAUUACUAUUAGGAGAUUAUUAUUCUGAUUUUCAAACAGAAACAAUAUAUUCAACGGGCUCUGGUACACAUCCAUUCUCAAUUGCUGUCGGUGAUUUGAACAAUGACACGCAUUUAGAUAUGGUUGUCAUUAAUUCAGGAAAGGGAAGUAUUGAAAUACUUUUGGGAUUUAGUAAUGGAUCUUUUAAAAACGAAAUAAACUAUUCGAUUGGUCUUGAUUCACGACCACUUGAUGUGAUUCUCAUUGACUUUAAUAAUGACAAUCGUCUGGAUAUGUUUGUUAGCGACUCUAUUGGUAACAAUAUAAACAUAUUUGUGGGAUUAGGAAACGGAACUUUCGCAGUUGAAGCAGCCAUUUGGACUGGCACUGAAUCUCAGCCGAACUCAUUGGCAAGUGGCGACUUCAAUAACGAUAACCUAUUAGAUGUUGUUGUUACCAAUCAAGGGACAGAUAGUAUAGGUCUCCUGCUGGGAUUCAAGUAUUCAUCUUUUGAAAAUAAAGCAAUUUAUUCUACGGGUUAUCUUUCGUCUCCAUAUAGUGCCGCAAUUGGUGAUGUGAACAAUGACAAUCGACUUGAUAUUGUUGUCGGCAAUUAUGCCACCAGCAAUUUUGCCGUCUUUCUUGGAAACAGUGAUGGAACUUUUGUAUUGCAAACCCCUCAGAUACAUAUAACUGGAUCACAUUCCUGGGGAGUUAUUCUUGGUGAUUUUAACAAUGACAAUUAUCUAGAUAUGGCAACUGUUAACUGGGGUAUAAAUAAUAUAGCUGUGCUUCUUGGAUAUGGUAACGGGACAUUUGCAGAACCGUUAUUUUACUCAACUGGAUUCGCUUCACGUCCAGCAGCUAUCAGCUCCGGUGACUUUAAUAAUGACAAUUAUUUGGAUAUUGUCGUCACUAACUAUGCAUUGAACACAGCUGGCAUAUUUCUUGGUUACGGGAAUGGAACAUUCGAUAGCGUUAAGACAUAUUCUACAGGGAAGCUUUCUGGUCCAAGUUCAGUAACCAUCUAUGAUCUGAACAACGACAGUUACAUGGAUAUUCUUACAGCUAAUAUUAUCUCUGAUGGUAUAGGCAUACUUUUUGGAUAUGGAGAUGGAAGAUUCAAAGAUAUACAAAUUUAUGCAAGUGGCAUUGGCACCAGUCCGUAUUAUGCUGCAGCUGCAGAUUUCAACAAUGACACUAUACUAGAUAUUGCUGUUGCGUUCUACGGUACCGGCGACAUAGGUAUACUUCUUGGGUAUGAUAACGGUAAUUUUUCACCGAUAAUGACUUGUAAAACUGGUUCUAACGCAGGUGCACAACAUCUUAACUUUGGUGAUUUUAAUAAUGACAAUUAUCUUGAUAUUGCUAUCGCCAACAGCGUUACUGGUGAUGUAGGCAUUCUUUUUGGAUAUGGUAAUGGAUACUUUAUGAGUACUACACUAUAUGUGAAUGAUGCUAGUCUUGGUCCAUACUGGAUUCUUGUUGGCCAUUUUAACUCUGAUAUUAAACUGGAUCUAGCCUUUAUCGAUGCGACUGAAAAUAAUUUAUGGAUAUUACUGCAAACUGGUGAAAAGCAUUUUGGUAGUCAAAAGAUUUUGCUAAGUUAUGAAGGAUCUAAUCCGUCUUCCGCUGCUGUUGGCGAUUUCAACAACGACAAAUGUUUGGAUAUUGUGGUUGCUAAUUAUGGUACUGACAAUAUAGGUAUACUCAUAGGACAAGGUAAUGGAACUUUUGAAAAUAUGAUAACCUAUUCAACAGGGAAUGGAUCUCGGCCGUUGGCAAUAGCGUUAGGUGAUAUCAACAAUGAUUCUUUAUUAGAUAUUGUGGUGGCCAAUUCUGGGACUGACAAUAUUGGUAUUUUUUUCGGAAAUUACAAUGGAAGUUUUGCAGCAUUAAUAACAUAUUCAACUGAAAAAGGUUCACGUCCAGUAUCAGUUGCCAUAGGUGAUUUGAACAGCGAUCAAGUGUUGGAUAUCGUAGUUGCAAAUUUUGGCAGUAACAAUGUUGGUGUAUUUGAAGGAUAUGGGAAUGGAACUUUGAAAGACCAAACAACACAUUCAGUAGGAUAUGGUGGUCAUCCGAAUAAGGUCACUUUUGGAAAUUUUACUAAUAAUGAUUGGAUGGAUAUUGCUGUUGUAAACUAUGAUACGGAUACUGUAUUACUUCUUUCAAAGAUUUGUUAA